AUGUCACACAAUCUGUAUCUUCUGCGGAAUGUGCUAACUUCAAAAGUUCUUGUUAGCCCAUCAAUCAAACUGGACUCCAAGAUUCUUGCCCAGAUUGGUGAACAGCGUCCCCAAAACAAAAUUCGUCCAGAUCAUUGGGUUCCCUUUUUAGCAGUAACAGGAUUCAAGAGUGCCGAAACUGUCGAGGCAUUGCAAACCGCUAUCGCACCCCCGCUUUCAUAUUUCGGUCCCAAAGUGCAACAUCCCAGACCAGGUCAAGGAAAACCUCUUCAAGGAUGGAAAAUUCCUGAACAAGUCAUUCAACGCACGUUUUCACUCUAUACUGAGUUGCUCAAUAACCGUAAAGUUCACGAUGAAAUCUUUGGUGCGCACAAUGUAUCAGAUGUGAUUGCCAAACGAUCAGAUGUGGAGGCCAAGAGUCGCGCUGGACUGCAAGUCUCUGAGAUGGAGUUUCUGGAACCAAUGUUUUCGUAUACCAUGUGGUGGGAACGAGACGAGUUUCGACGGAUCAUAGAAACAAGUACAGAUGGUUGGCCCAUCUUCAUUGAACACAAGCGGCUGAUGUUGCUUAGAGGAAGAUUUCCAAAAUUUCCAGAGUCUGAAAAUAUUAUUGAAUCGGCAUUUGAUUAA